AUGUGCGAGCGGGCGGCGCGCCUGUGCAGGGCCGGCGCGCACAGGCUGCUCCGGGAGCCGCCGCCGCAGGGCCGGGCGCUGGGCGGGCUGCUGCGCUGGGUGGGCGCCAGGAUGGGGGAGCCCCGGGUGCCGCUGGUCCCCGACGCCCCCGACGCCCUCGCUGUGGACCCCGCCGGGGACCCCGGCCCCUGCCCGGGCCCCCCCUCGCUGCGCGGGGGCACCGCUGUCAUCCUGGACAUUUUCCGCCGCGCAGACAAAAACGACGACGGGAAGUUGUCCCUGGAGGAGUUCCAGCUCUUCUUUGCAGAUGGCGUCCUCAACGAGACGGAGCUGGAGGGUCUCUUCCACACCAUCGACUCGGACAACACCAACCACGUGGACACCAAAGAACUGUGCGAUUACUUUGUGGACCACAUGGGGGACUAUGAGGACGUGCUGGCCUCCCUGGAGACCUUGAACCAUUCUGUCCUGAAGGCCAUGGGCUACACCAAGAAGGUGUACGAGGGAGGAAGCAACGUGGACCAGUUUGUGACCCGCUUUCUCCUGAAGGAGACGGCCAGUCAGAUCCAGUCGCUGCUGAGCUCCGUGGAAAGCGCGGUGGAGGCCAUUGAAGAGCAGACCAGCCAGAUCCGCCAGAACCACGGCAAGCCCGGCCCCGGCGUGGUGCAGACCUGGUAUGGGAGCCCCACUGCGCCCUGCGUCCCCAGCCACAAGCUCAUGGCCGCAGAACGGGAGAGGAGUGUGCCUUCCGUCACCUCAGACGCCAAGGAGGAGGGCCUGGAAGCCCAGAUCAGCCGCUUGGCAGAGCUGAUAGGACGGCUGGAGAGCAAGACCCUCUGGUUUGACCUGCAGCAGCGCCUCUCAGAUGAAGAAGGCACUAACAUGCACCUGCAGCUGGUCCGGCAGGAGAUGGCCGUGUGCCCUGAGCAGCUCGGCGACUUCCUGGACUCGCUGCGGCAGUACCUGCGGGGCACCGCGGGAGCCAGGAGCUGCUUCCACAUCGCCGCUGGGAGGCUGUCGGAUGGCUUCACCUUUGUGGUGUACGAGUUCUGGGAGACGGAGGAGGAGUGGAAGAGGCACCUGCAGAGCCCCGUGUGCAAGGCGUUCCGGCACGUCAAGGUGGACACGCUGAGCCAGCCGGAGGCCCUCUCCCGGAUCUCGGUGCCAGCUGCCUGGUGCACGGUGGGCCGAGACUGA